AUGGAAAGUAUUCCAUUCGUACCAGGUGGAUGUACAACAACAGUAAUAGAUGCUCAAGUUUGUCGGUUUACUCUUGUCAAAUAUAUUUCGCCUGAUAAUUACAGUACAAUUGAGGUUAACGGAAUUGAUAGCAAUGACAGUUAUAGCAUAAAUCAGAAUUCAUCAUUAGAAUUAGUUUCGAUUGUUGGUAUGUAUCAGGAUGCUGAUGGAAAUACGGACAGUAUCGAACGAUUUCGUUACACUUAUGAUUGUUUAACAGAUAAAUGUAAUGAUGUUGAAAACUUACUCCAACCAAUGAUUCGUGCAACUAAACAUGGUCAUCAAUGGUCACCAAAUAAAAUUAUUGAACUUGUAUAUAAUUAUCCAGUACCAGGUACUCUGUUUUCGUGUAUGUGGAGUGGUGAUAAUUCAUUGAAGUAUUGUAAAAGCGCCGGUGUGUUAACUACAGGCGGCUGUUAUUAUUGUAUAUACAGUCUAUUUCCUGAGAUUUUAACAGAAGAUGACCGAAUAUUGUGCAGAACUCAUUGUGAACAUCAACAGAGCGAAUUGUCAUUAGGUACUCCCACAGUGAUAAAUAAAGAAAUAGUUGAUUUUGAAAAUCUUCGACAAUACGCGUUUUUUCUUUCAAUUGAAUGCAAUAGGGAUCAGUGUAAUAGUGAGGACAAUUAUGGAGAGAUACAAUAUUUAUCUCGUAUUUACUUUGAUAUACAACAAUUUUUAAAUGCUUUCAAACCAACAACGACGACAACGAUAACGAUAAAUAUCAAUAAUAAUUCAUCUGCUAUUAGUACAAAACAACUGAAAAGAUGGUGGUGGUUAUUUGUAAUUGUGAUCAUGAUCGUACACAGUUAUUAA